AUGGCCUCUUACUCCUACCGCCCUGGCCGGGGCGGCCCUGGCCCUACUGCGGGCCCGGCGCUACCGGAUCAGAGCUUCCUGUGGAACAUCUUCCAGAGGGUUGAUAAAGACAGGAGUGGAGUGAUAUCUGACGAGCUCCAGCAAGCACUCUCCAAUGGCACGUGGACUCCGUUUAACCCAGUGACUGUUCGGUCUAUCAUAUCUAUGUUUGACCGGGAGAACAAGGCCGGCGUGAACUUCAGCGAGUUCACGGGCGUGUGGAAGUACAUCACGGACUGGCAGAACGUCUUCCGCACCUACGACAGAGAUAACUCCGGCAUGAUCGACAAGAACGAGCUCAAGCAAGCCCUCUCGGGUAUUGGCUACCGGCUCUCAGACCAAUUCCACGACAUCCUCAUCCGGAAGUUCGACAGACAAGGACGGGGGCAGAUUGCCUUUGACGACUUCAUCCAGGGCUGCAUCGUGCUCCAGAGGUUGACGGAUAUAUUCAGACGUUACGACACGGAUCAGGAUGGCUGGAUUCAGGUGUCUUAUGAACUGUAUCUGUCCAUGGUCUUCAGUAUCGUAUGACGUUGUCUUUUCGUGAAUAACAACAGCACGGCUUACAGAAAAAAGACCCAAAACGCCAAAUCUCUUACCUUUAAUAGAACGGGACAUGGAUGCAGUUAGAUGCUGUUGCUGUUCUCCCUUUAAAUUUCACCACGUGGGGACCUGGCUGUACAUACGUGGAUAAGCUGAUCAACGUUUUUGCAAUUGUAAUAGUGGCUACAUCAUUAUAAUAUGAACACUGGGUUUAGUGACUGUUUAAUUGUGCCAUGAGGUAAAUGUAAUAAUGUUUCUGCUUGCAGAAGAAUGCAUCAUCUACUUUUCUAGAUAAUUCUGUAGUGAAAAUGCUUUAUUAACCAAUAGAAAUUUUAAAAUAAUAUGGAACUUGCACAGAAGUCUUUUCAUGUGCCUUACUUUUUUAAAAAGGAGUUUAUUGUAUCAUUAGGUAUGCAACCCAAGCAAUAAAGUGAAUGGCACAAACGCAGGAUGUACUUUUGGCUUUUCAAAUCAUCAUCCCAGGCCUUACGCCAGUGUUCACCACAGCAGGUGCACUGGCUUCUUGGGAGGUCCCAGGGUCCUGGGAACACCUUCUAGAAUGUUCUCCAGCUCAGCCUGCGAGGCUUUGCUUAUGAAAAUUCAGAAAGACUCUCCCGGCCUCUGAUAUGGGAGUUAAAUUUUACAAAGCUCCUUUUGUCUGCAUGAACAAACCCGAAUCGGUUUAGUAGGUUGUGAAUUUCUGUGAUUUAUAAAUGAUCUAACCACACUACA